CUGAUCAGAGAAAGCAGAAUGUUGCGAAUGCCGAGGCUAGAUAACAGGCCAUCUAAAACAAGAGAGAGGGUUGAUUUCAAAUUCUCCAAUUUCCAGGCCCUUCAGGUACCAAAGGGAUGGGACAGACUAUUUGUGUCGCUAAUCUCAGUAGAUACAGGCAAAACACUUGCCAAAUCUGGCAAAGCCCUUGUGAAAAAUGGGAGUUGCCACUGGGCUGAGACUAUAUUAGAAUCUAUCUACAUAUCAAAUGAUCUUUCUUCAAAAGGGUUUGAAGAAUGCCCUGUCAGGGUGGUUGUUUCCACGGGGUCAACAAGAUCCAGCACCCUCGGCGAAGUAACCAUCAAUAUGGCACAGUAUGCAAGUUCAAGAGUAUCCACUGCAGUUUCACAGCCUCUAAAGAAAUGCAGCUACGGGACUAUUUUGCAGUUUAAAGUUCAAUGCCUGAGUCGCAGAUCCAAAUUGGGGGAUGAUGAUUCGAAGUCAUCAAACUCUCAAGUAAGCAGCAUGAAUAUAGAUCAGUAUGAUGGUGACAGGAAAUCAGAUAGAUCAUAUAGUUCAAGUAGAUCACCAAGGGAAGACAUGGCUACUACCUCCCAUCCAGUGAAAUCAGACAGCAAGGGCUCAGCAUCCAGUUCAUUUCAGAGUUUUGAUUCUGUGGAUGGAUCUUCGCAGAAUAAAAACCUGUCAGCGAAGAAUCUUUUCAAGGAGUAUGAUUCCCAUGCAUCGCAGCCUGGAGGGGGCUAUGAUAGUAGCCCCUUACCUGAUGACUUUUCAGGUAGCAAUCGUUCUCCAUCAAAGCAGCCAUCAUUAAACUCCAGGCAGUAUUCAGGGGAGGACUUUCGAAACGAAGCAUCUGUUGUUAGCAGAUCGUUGGUGAGCAACAUGGGUUCUUCGAGAAGCCUUCUGGAAGUUGCAGAAGACACCAUUGAGGAACUCAGAGCGGAAGCCAAAAUGUGGGAGAGGAACGCUAGGAAGCUGAUGAUUGAUCUGGACAUGUCAAAGAAAGAAUACUCUGAUCUGUCAAAAGGACAGGCAGAAUUAAUGAUGCAGCUCUCAGCUGCGCACGCAGAGCAAGAUGGCAUGAAGAAAGAAAUUGAGAAGAUGAAGCUAGAGUUGCAAAAAUCGAGCACCAAUCAGGCAACUAGAGAAGAUGCUUUCAUUCAAUCCGAAAGUUGGAUACGUAUCCAGAAGGAACUGGAGGAUGAGAUAAAGCAUCACCAAGUACUGACUGAUGGUUUAGACCAACAGCUGAAGCAGAGCCAGGAAUCAAAUAUUGCCCUAGUUUCGGUUCUUCAAGAGCUUGAAGAGACCAUAGAGCAACAGAAAAUUGAAAUACAGAAUCUUUCAUCUCGGAAGUUGGACUUUGCGGCUUUAGAGAAUUCUAUAGCUGAAAAGUCAGAGGAAAACCAGACUUCAUUGCUGCAGCUGCAGCAAGUUCAAGAAUCUGAAAAGAAAUUGCAAGCUGAUGUUGAGUUGCUUUCUAAGGCUUUAAAAGAUAAAAUCAAUGAACUGGAGAAUGAACGGUGUUCAAAGAGAGAGAUGCUGUAUAGUGCUGAGGAGGAUUAUAAAAGCAAAAUUUCUAUAAAAGACGAAGAAAUUGCUAGCUUAAAAGCAAUGGUACCAGGUUAUGUAGAAGGCAAAAAUCUUAAGGAGUUGAAUGAAGAUUAUGCGGAGUUCAUGAAGGAGAUAGAAUCCUUGAGAGAAAAAAUUCAGGAGCUAGAGAGAGAUUGCGCAGAGCUGACUGAUGAAAACCUUGAGCUUUUAUAUAAGCUCAAGGAGUUGAAUGGAAAUGACAUCAUAAAGUGUGCAUCUUUCGAUUCAAUGUUGAGUGAGCAUCCAAAUAUUUCUCCUAGCGAUGGGUCUGAAGUAAGUGACCCCAAGGAAGAGGAGUUUGAGAACAAAACUUGCUUUAAAAAUUCAGAACAUUUGCCAGAAGUAGUGAAGCAAAUCGACAUGGCUUUUCAACAUCUAAGGAAGAGCUGGCUCCAUGUCCCCUAUGAGAAUGGCAACACUGUUGUGAAUGUAAGUGAGGGAAAGGCUGACACUAGAAUGUCAUAUGAAUAUAUUCUUACCUCUUUGCAAGAGCUGAACAAGCUCUUGGGAAUGAGGAUCACUGAGUCUGAGGAAAUUCACAGGAAUCAAGAGAUGGAACUGAAAGAGAAAAGCAAUAUUAUAGCUGACGCUGAAACAAAGAUCAAAGAAACAGUGUCGAAAACUCAAGAACUCGAAGAACUAAUGAUCCAGAGUAAAGAGGACAGAACAAAUCUAAUGAAGGAAUUGGAUCAAAAAAUAUCAGAAUUUCAUGUCAUGGAGGCUAAGCUAGAAUCAAAUGAACAAGAGAUGGACGUCCUUUUACAGCAACGUACGGAGUUGGAAGCAGAAAUCACUGAAAUCCAACAUAAUAAGAAGCAUAUUGAGCAGAAUAUGGAACUUGUGAGGACGGAGAGGAACACAUUCUUUGAACAGGUUGAGAAUCUUCAAAAUGAUAUCGCAUCCCUUCGUAGCACUGUUAGUUUCCACGUUUCUGCUAACAGUGACCUUGAGAAGAACAUAGAAGAGCUUGGAAGAACGAGGCAUGAAUUGGAGCAUGCUUUAUCAAGGUUGCAAGAAGAAAACGUGAAACUGGAGGAAUCCAUAUUGGGACUGAAAGAGGAAAAGGAAACGUGCCAGCAGGAAGCAGAUAAGUUCAAAAGUGCAGCAGUGAGUCUCCAGGAUGAGGUCAAGAAACUGAAGGCUGAAAUGGACACUCAAAUAGUGGAAUUGAAAAAAAUGUCAGAAGAUAUGAAGGAAAAAUGGUUAGGAGCUCAAGAAGAGUGUGAAUAUCUGAAAGAAGAGAAUAAGUUGCUACAGGCAUCUGCAACAAGUUUUGAAGAGGAGAUUAAGAAGCUUCAGAAUUUGAAUUCAGAACUUAAGACAGUAAAUCAAGAACUAGAAGGUGGUUGCUCGGCAUUGGCAGCUCAAGUGAGUGAGUUGAAGAAAAGUUUGUCUGGUUGCACUCUGAAAAACGAAUCAUUGGAGAACCAUCUCACCACGCUGUUGGAUGAUUUCUCAAUGAGAGAAAACAGUCUCAAGUCAGAAAUAGACGCUCUUGUUAAAGAAAACAGUUACCAGAAGGAGAAACUUGCGCAGGAGGGAAGCCUGCGCGAGAUGUUUUUGGAGCAGUCAGCAGAAUUUGAGAGCCUCCAGAAUGAGAUUGAACAUCUCAGAAAGCAAGUUUCAGAUGCACAUUGUGAAAAGGAACGAGUUUCCUCUGAAGCAUCUAGUGAGGUUUCCAGUUUGCUAGCUGAAAAUGCUGAGUUGCAUGCUUCGAUUCAGGAAGUUCAUAUCAGAGCUGAAACAGCCGAGAAUAAACUCAAUGAAGCUCAGCAAGAAUCUGAGUUGCAACUCAAAGAUUUGACAGAUCAGCUAACCAUAUCUCAGCAACAUUAUGAGAGACUAGCGGCUGACCAAGACAGAAUUCUGAAGUCAUUGGCGAAUUACAAGAAGAGUGAAGAAAAACUGAAGACGGGUAUGAAUGACCUUGAAUUGAAGCUUACCAUUUCAGACUAUGAACGCCAACAACUAACAAAAGAAAUGAGCAUUUUGAAGGCUCAGUUGCAGAGUGUUUCAGAUCUUCAGAAUAAAGUCUCAAACUUAAAAGAGGAGCUCAAAGAAUGCAGACAUGAUAAGGGAAAAGUAGAGCUUGCAAUGAAGGAAAUUUCAAGAGAUUAUGAAGAACUGAAGGCUGAAAAUAGUUCGCUAUCUGAGAAAGUCUCUGUUUUUCAGAAAACAAUGUCUGAGUUUGAGGAAUGCAAGAGGAAUAAACUAGCUCUAGAAGCAAAACUUCAGCAAAUGGAGAAGGAGCUGAAUUCCAGAGAGAUGUUUUGCAUCCAGAACGAUGGUCUUAAAAAUGAAAUAGCUGAAAUGAAGAGAGCAAACAUGCAUUUUCAGCAGAAGAUGUACAUACUCGAAGAGGAAAGGGAUGAAAACUUGAAGAAAGCCCAAAGUCUUGAAGAGGAUCUAAAAGUUAUGCAGGAAAGAAAUAAUUUCGUCAUGGAGGAUGCAAAUUACCAUGAUCUCUACAAUGGAAGUUCUCAUGCUAUGACUGAGGAUCACACAACGCAACAACAUAUGCACGAGAAAGAUAUCUCCAACGGAUUGGAUGACAAUAACAGGAGCAGAGUUCAGUAUGACCGUAAUCAUGAAAACUAUGCUGCUGCCUCCAAAAAAUCAACUGUGAGUGGUGAAACUGGGGCGAGAGAAAGGUACGAAAGAACAAAGUCAUCACUCCAUGCAGAGCUAAGAGAGUUAAGGGAGCGAUACCUCGAAAUGAGCCUCAAAUAUGCGGAAGUGGAGGCCCAACGCGAGGAUCUCGUAAUGAAGCUUAAAGCAACCAGGCAAGGGAGGAAGUGGUUCUCCUGAAAUCUAGAUCGUGCACUGUAAGAAUUUAACAUAGCCUCAGCAGAAUAUUGUAUUCACUACACACAUGUUGCUCCAUUUCUGCCAUAACAUGUUCUUGUUCUACUCUACUGUUAAAUAUCUAAAUAAGUGCAGCCUAUUGAUAAUGGCUAAUCAAUCAGAGAUGGAAAUUCUUCUUGUAUGGAUAUAUGUUGUUGGACUAAUAAGUUGAAUGAACUUUCAAG